UUUUAAAAUUCUUAAAAUUAGAAUGCUUAAAAUCAAGAGUACAGUCCCGGGCCUCAACUAUCUGCCAGCUGAAGAAAGUUUUUUAAAAACUCCAUAUAAUUUUCUGGAGAGUAGAAGAAAGAAUGACGGCGCCGAAGGUUUGUGGAGAAUUGGAAAUAAUCUUUAUGAUUUGGAAGGGUUUAUGAAAAACCAUCCAGGUGGUUCCGAAUGGAUAUCAAUGACAAAAGGUACUGACAUCACCGAAGCAUUCCAGGUUCAUCAUAUUUCAAAUGCUGCGGAGAAUCUGCUUCCCAAGUUUUACGUACGUGAAGCCAAAAUACCAAGAACUAUAUCAUAUACCUUCGACUCUAAUGGAUUUUAUGGAACAUUUAAGAAACGCGCUCAGAAAGUCUUAAAAAAUAUUGAUUAUCAUAAUCCGAAUGUACGAUCAAAACGAAUAGCUGAUUCGCUAUUUAUAGUGACAAUUCUUUUGGCUAUUGCAGUUGCAAUUCUUAGAUCGUGGAUUGUCAUUAUUAUUUGUGACAACUUUCGUAUGUAUUAUUUCGACUUGAGUACCAUGUCAUCGAAAGAUUGGCGAAUAUCACACGGACUUAGCCACCAUUUAUAUCCAAAUACUGUAUGGGAUAUGGAGAUUUACAACUUUGAGCCAUUUCUUAUAUAUCUACCUUGUCAUUAUAAAUCAUUUUUAUAUAGAUUAAUGACAAUUAUCAUGAGUCCCAUUACAUUUUUUGGAACUUUUAUAUUAACGGGAAUUAAACGAUAUUAUUCUGUAUUUGUUCAGUGGAAAACUUUUGAGUUUCGAGAUUGUGUUCCCUUCUUUAUCCCAACAUUAAUGAGCUUUUUUACUCCAUGUAUUUGGGAAGCUGUAAAACUUUGGAUCUUAAUUUUAUUAACAAGCAGUUUUAUUUUUUCUUUUAUCGGCGUGACAGCUGCACAUCAUCAUCCAAAAAUUUUCCAUGAUGGAGAUAUAUGCAGAAAGGAUCUCGACUGGGGUCUAAUGGAGUUGGAUGCUGUACGUAAUCGUAAAGUUAUCGACGAUUCACUCUAUCUUACUCUCACCAACUUUGGAUCCCAUGGACUUCAUCAUUUGUUGCCGUCGGUAGAUCAUGCGUAUCUCGAGCUUUGUUUACCUAUAUUUUACGAAACUUGUAAAGAAUUUGAUAUUGACACCGAGAAAAUUAAUUACUGGGAGUUAAUCAGAGGCCAGUAUCAGCAGCUGAUGCGGCUUGACUCGAGAUUCAAUUCUUGCGAUAAAAUUAAUAAUAAUAUUGUAUCA